AUGAAUUUUUGCCCUCCAAGGCUACCAAAUGGAUCCCCGUCUGCGAUCUCGCAACAAACAAUCUUGUCACGCGCGUCCCACAGUCUACCUCCCGAGGAGCUCUCUGCAGCAGUUGUCCCCGCGAAGAAAGCGUUGCCGGCAUGGCGGGCAACCACUAUUGCCCCCCGACAGCAAAUAUUGUUUCGCUUCACGCAUCUCAUCAAAGACAGCUGGGACCGCCUAGCCGCAUCAAUCACUUUGGAACAAGGGAAGACAUUCAAGGACGCCCGGGGAGACGUCCUCCGUGGGCCCACCCUCCAGCCCAUCGAGUUAGCCAACCUAUUUCGCGCCAUGCCCAAUAUCCUUUACAUCCGUCCUGGAGACAGCGAGGAAACAGCCAGUGCCUGGAUUGUGGCUAUUCAAGCUAAGCGUACUCCUUCGAUCAUUUCGACCUCCCGACACACAGUGUUCCUGAAAUGA